GCCGUGGUCAGCUUAGCCGAGGCACGCGCACGUGCGGGCGGGGCCACGGCGAGCCGCGCGGGUGCAGCUCCGGCUGGGAUGCCCAAGCCACGGUGCGCUCUGAGAGCGGAGGAGCUGCAGCUGGCUGCAUAUUCGGCGAGUUGGCAGGAUGGGUAUGACGACUGGGCCGACACAUCAGAGAACAGAGGCGAAGUCGAGGGUGCCGCCUUGCAGGCUUUGUGCGCCAUGGGCUUUUCCGAGGAGCAGGCACGUGCUUCUCUGCUCGCAACUGAAGGCGACACUGAGCAAGCAGUGUCCCUGCUGCUUUCCAGUGCUUGA